AGACCUUUCCCAUUCAAUGCAAAACAAGACAGAUAAGAUGCAAAUGGCUCGGCCAAUUUUACAGUGCAGCACAUUUCUGCAGUUGACUUGACCUCUGACCUAACAUGUUUGUCUUUACAUCCCCUGCAAUGUGGAAAGGAUGCGAAGUUACAGCAGCACCGGAGAUUAUAAUCUUUGUUGUGUGAGUCACUGAAGAUGAUCGAUUCCUCUCUAAGUUCUUUGGGUGCAAAAGUUGUCGUCGCUACAUCCAGCGAUGAGAAUCACCCACCAGAAAACAUCACUGACGGACACACUAAGACGUUUUGGAUGUCCACCGGGAUGUUUCCUCAGGAGUUCAUCAUUCGCUUUGCUGAACCCUUGGAGAUUUCUGCUGUGACAGUGGACAGCUACAAUGUCAAGCAUCUAAAGAUAGAAAAGAAUACAUCACAAAAUGCUUCUCAAUUUGAGUUUGUUACAGAGAAAGACUUUGAACAUACAGAGGGACAUCUUCAGUCAAAUGCUAUUUCGCUAAAUGGAAGCAGUGCAACCCAUCUUCGUUUUAUCAUCACUUCAGGAUAUGAUCACUUUGUCUCAGUGCACAGAGUCAGUGUACAAAAUUGACACACAUGAUGUGAAUUAAAGCCUCAUGAUGUAUUUUUUGUAUAUAUAUGGUUUGAUGGCAUUAUUUGAUCAUUGUAUAUAUGAGUAGAUCUCAUUAUAUGCUCAGUCUGUUUUGAUAACACACACACACACUGACAUAUUCUCCCUCGUGGCACACAGCUGUAACAGUAAUGGGGAAUCUAAUAAGCAUAUUCCUUGAAUACAGUGAAAUCAAUUAAUUUGUCUACACAAAAUUAAUUUUAUUAUCUUAAUCUUAUCAGUGAAGUUGCAGUUGCAGAUGGUUGAAAGCUAAGGUGCAUAUUUAAAUCUGGCCUCAAAUUCUGAAAUGAGCUUGAACCCAUUUUCUGUAUUUGUGCUUAUUUAAUGUUAUGGAUUCAUUUAUGGGGCUUUUUAUCCCACAUUCAGCUGUUCCUGCUAAUUUCAUAAGCUGAUAGUUGGCAAAGCUUUAGAAUAAAAGAGUUGGAUUGUGAUGAAUGGUAGAAUUACUUACAAAGGAAGUUUCUCUCUGUGUGAGAGAUAGAGUUAAUUAACUAAUUUUGAGCAGUGGGGGCUGAAAUUGGCAUUCGUACAGCCCCCCCAUGAGCAGAAUUUUACAUCUCCAUAGAAAUGGGGAACCACGGGCAAUGCAGCUGGGGGGUUGGGGAACCAGAUGGUUUCCUAGUUUCCUAGCCAACCAGCGAGUCUCUAAAGACCACGGGCCUAUUCACACAAAGUAUUCAAGCCACCUCCUGUACUUAUAUCCUCCACACACACAUUUGCACGCUAAUACUGACUCCUAUCUACCUCCAUUGCCAUUUUAACUUGUCGGUAGCAAAGGGUUCAGCAGUGCGCGAGGACCCUUUGGGACUCCCUCCCCAAUUACUUUGCUGACUGCGGAGGAGCUUGGGGAUUUGCUGAGGCUGUGUUUGCUGAUGCUUGGUCUGCAUGCAGGGCUCCGAAUAAACCAAUAAAAAUAUGAAAUACA